AUGGCUCGAAAGCUUUUACAAUGCCUUAACGACGGUGGCAAACUGUUAUUAGCUGUUUGUUGCAAAGGCAAACAGCGAAUCAGGGUCCACCACUUGUGCCUGCUCGAACUAGGAAGAUCUCAAAGCAGUGGAGAAGCCAAGACAGUUCAGCAGAGUCCGCCAACCAGCUCGCAAACUUCCAGGCGUUAUCUCAAAUGCUUCAAUCCUCAUGCUGACCCAAAUGGUCACUUCUACUCCGUCCAUCAACUCUUCACUCAAGGCGUUUGGAUUGGCUAUCUGGCGCCAGACCGACAUAAGGAGUCGUUUCGGGGACUUCCUUCAUUCAAUAUGUUGAGAUCCAACUGUGCCAAGCUCAUUGCGCCAUAUCCCAAAGCAACACAGGGCUUGGUAGGACAGAAUCGAUAUGCUAAACUGGUAAUCAUGCCGCUUGAUGGUGACGAUGAAGCUGGAGUUUUCACCAUCAUGUUACCACAGAAGCAUGAUAGAAGUCUGCAUGGCCUUCAAUCCUACCGGCCUUAUGAGAUCAUUGAAAGUGAUAAUGGGCAAGCUUUUUCCAACGACUACGAAGUGCUCACGCUCCGCAAUCUUGACAGUAGUGCUGAUGUACUAACUACAACUCUCGACGCACUACCAAUGCUAGAGCGUAUUAAGGCCGCCGUGGAGGUGAACAAGCGGUCAGUGUCGGAUUCAAAUUACAUAUAUGAUAAUUCAGCCUUUUCCGCAUCGAGUAUGACAGGCACUUCGACGCCAAAAACGCGAACGCUAGAAGAGGGAGAAAUCAGAGAAGACGAUAUGCAAGAAGAUGAGCCAAUCAAAACAAAGCGACAUAGAAGUAGCACAACGACCUCACGCAGGUCCCAUACCACAGAGGAGGAGAAACUUAGUGACUAUGAUAGCCCUGCAUAUCCAGGUACUGAAGGUUUCGUAGAGACGUCCCUUGAUUCUGCUGCCCAGAACUCAGUAACAACCACCUCGAACCUACAACCGCGAGUCACGAAACGCCAUUUAUCCCCCGAGACAGUAUAUCCGGAGCUCACCAAGGAACAAGCUGACCGCACAUACAUAAUUUGGUUCGUCAAAGACCGAGGUCUAGAAUAUGAAUUCGUCCACACGAUUGGUGAAUGCAAAACCUUCGCAGGCCUACUCCAACUGCUGGAAGAAGAUACAGAGUCCAUCCCGUCGAUUGCUGAGAUUCUAAAGGAAACAAAGACGUGGCGCUUGUGCUGCAGCCUUGACAGUCAUGGUGGGAUGAACAAGGCGCUGAUUGCUCGUGAAGGAAAAGAGACUGCAUUUGACCGACUGCAAACUAUACUCGCAGAAGCCCCUCUCUGGAGCACGAAUCCGCAUGGUCGAGUUUAUGUCGAACUCAGGUCUUUGAGCUGA